AUGUCAAGCCGGACACUAAAAUCCUGCGUGAAGGAUAAUGAAGAUUUAAAUUUGUUUCUUAUGGCUGGUGAUGUUAGUGUAAACUUGGAAAUCACUGUGAAGACAACAGCCAUAUCUCACUUGGAGUUCCAUGUCAAACGUUUAGUAAAAAUGCUGAAAUUCACAUCACAGGUUUGUGUCUUGAAUGGCAAUACUGUGGGUCAUUGUAAAAUAAGUUCAUUUGCACGGAUGAAGUUUAAAGUCGUGUUCUGUUCCAUAGAAGAUAUAAGAAAUGUAAUACUUCUAGCACCCAGGAUCACAGUGUCCAGGAUCACCUACAAAUACACGUCUGGACUGGCAUAUUCGAAGCAGGAGAUAGUUAACCCCCCUCGUAAUAACAGCGCGUCGCCAAUUCCAGCAAGAUGCCCCGUGUGGUGCGUCCGCAGAGGCAUACACCUGUUGGCCAUUGCUGCAGGCUUCUCGAAGGAUGACGAAGUGCAGACAAGGAACGAGUUGACUUGUGCUGAGCCAUCUAAGGAAUCCGAGGCCUUGCUUCGAGGACUCCAGAGCGACAACCGUCUACUGUGGGGCUACGUCAAGGCCCAGCGAAGACUCCUCGACAAUGACCCGAAGAAUGCCGAUCAAGUAGACGGUAUUCUUGAGAACCUGAGUCAGUACUUGAGAAUAACUCGCCAUAAACUCGACCUGCUGAGGGAGGCCGACGGCCGGGGGGCGUGGCGAAGACAGGAAGCCGGAGACCUCAGCGAACUGGUCCAGCACCGACUCCGCGUCCUGCAGCACCCAGAGGACUGCAACUCCGCCAGGAAACUUUACUGCAAAUUCUCCGGUUGGAGCCGCGGCAUCGGGAGUCAGCUUCACCAUCUGACCUUCUGCUUCGUCGCCGCCUAUGCUACUCAGAGAACACUUAUUCUGGACACCGAGGGCUGGUACAACACUUCCCGAGGACUCGACGAGUUUUUCCUGCCGCUGAGUAAUAGCUGCACGAGUGCCAAUCUGUCUGAAAUGGUGCCAUGGCCAGGCACUGACUCCCUGCUCGUGGAAUUCCCCGCAAACGACUACCCUCAGCCCUUCCCCCCUUAUUUCCCACGGUCGGUUCCCAAGGACAUCUCGGAGCGCCUCGCCCGCCUGCACGGGGACCCCUUCGCGUGGUGGGUCGGCCAGUUCUUCCAGUAUGCCAUGAGGAUGAAUUCCCACUUUGAGGAAUAUAUCAGGAAUCUGGCUCUCCAGAUUGGCUUUGAGAGGCCCAUUGUUGGAAUUCAGAUACGACGAACGGACAAGAUGACGAACGGCCUCACCUUCAUCCCCCUCAAGACCUUCAUGGACGCCGUGGCCGAGUUCUACGACGACCUCGAGCUGCGUCAGAAGGUCCGGACUCGGAGGGUCUUCGUGGCGACGGACGAUCCUUCCGUCAUCAAGGAAGCCAAGGAAAAGUAUCCUGACUAUCAAUUUGUAUACAUGGAAGAGAGCAUUGCUUCGGCUGACAUGCAGAUGCGAAGAAGUGACGUAAAUUUGCGUUAUUACAUGGCAGAUACAUAUUUUCUCUCGAGAUCGAGUUACUUAGUGUGUACUAUGACUUCUAACCUCUGUCGACUAACGUACGAGAUCAUGCAGACGCUCCAUGACGAUGCUGCUGCAAUGGCAAAGAUGCUGGAAUUACCCCUACACCACAUGCACAGGGAGAAGGUCCGCCUCUUGCAAGCACAGUUCUCGCACACUCCGCUAAGACGUGACGAAAUGGCGAUGGAAGCGGGCGACUUAAUAACAGUAAAGAUCCGUUCAUAUUCGACGAAACAUUAUGACGACGAUGGCUUCCUAACUGGUACGAAUCUGAAUAGGUCGAAGGGAGGCCUGUUUCCUCUCUAUAAAACGACACCACUUCUGCGCGUCGAAGAAUUUCCAUCCUAUGACCAUAUAGAUAGGAUGAAAUAGUGUGAUUAAUCUCAAGAUAUUCGAUUGGUGUUUCUGGAACUGUCUUGUGUACAAAUAAAGUGCAGGUAUUUGA